UGUGCACAAUGCCCCGCCUACAAGCCUUGCCUUUGACAGCCUCCCUGGAUACUAGAGUGCUUGACUGAACAUCCUUUUCAAGGCUAAACAUGUCUGAUCUUGCCGAUCCAGCUACAGCCAGCUCAGAGAGCAAGCUCAUCCUCUACCAUUGGACUCAUUCAUUCUCUUCUCAGAAGGUACGUUUGGUCAUAGCAGAAAAAUCCCUGAAGUGUGAAGAGCACGAUGUGAGUCUCCCCUUGAGUGAGCACAAUGAACCAUGGUUUAUGCGCCUUAACCCGUCGGGAGAAGUGCCGGUGCUUGUUCAUGGAGAAAAUAUUAUCUGCGAGGCCACUCAGAUCAUCGAUUAUUUGGAACAAACAUUUCUCGAUGAAAAAACACCCCGACUCAUGCCAGAAGAGGGCAGCAUGUAUUACCCCAGGGUUCAGCAUUACAGGGAGCUAUUAGAUUCCUUGCCAAUGGAUGCAUAUACCCACGGCUGCAUUCUCCAUCCAGAGCUGACAGUGGAUUCAAUGAUACCGGCCUAUGCAACAUCUAGAAUCCGCACACAGAUUGGUAGCACUGAAUCAGAACUCAAGAAGCUCGCCCAAGAAAAUCCUGAUCUUGAAGACGCAUAUGUAGCCAAACAGAAACGUCUCAAAACAAAAUUGCAGGACCAUGAUAAUAUAAAAUUCCUGAAGAAAAUCCUUGAGGAACUCGAGAAAGUCCUGGAUCAGGUUGAAACUGAAUUGCAAAGAAGAAAUGAAGAAACACCAGAAGAAGGCAGUGAGUCUUGGCUCUGUGGACAGUUUUUUAGCCUGGCAGAUGUCUCGUUAGCUGUGACUUUACAUCGGCUGAGGUUCCUGGGAUUUGCAAGAAGAAACUGGGGCAAUGGCAAACGCCCUAACUUAGAGGCAUAUUAUGAACGUAUCCUGCAAAGAAAGACAUUUAACCGAGUAUUAGGGAAUGUCAACAACAUACUGAUUUCAGCAGUCCUGCCAACUGCCUUCCGUGUCGCCAAAAAACGUGCCCCUACUAUUCUCGGUUCCACUGUGAUGGUGGGAUUACUAGCAGGUGCAGGAUACUUUUUCUUUCUCUGUGUUAGAAAAAGAUUAUUCAGUGUGUUCCUAUCUAUAAAAUCAAAAUAUUUUUUCUAGAUAACUUUUAUUAGUUUUGGUACGCAUUAAUAUAAACGGGCCAAAUAUAAUUUCUGAAUCAGCAGCCCUGCACAAAAGAAACAUAUCCAUUCCCAAAUGAAAGAUACCAUUAAAAAUUCUACAGAAGCACAAUUAUAUAUGUGCUGAGUGUGAUACAUUCUUCCAUACAGGCAUUAAAGUAGAAGGAAAACCUGAAAAAAAGAAUAUGGCUAGAAAUGCUAAAUUAUAUAUACUGGACGUACUGUACCAGCAUGCAGGUUCAGCAGCCCUGGAUUCUAAGCUUCCAUGUAUUGUGAAUCUGAAUGAAUUAAUCUACCUUAUACAAUAAAUAGAAUAUUGUGUA